UCCGCCAUAUUGGAGGCGGCAUUCGUCAUUUUUUCUCAGUAGAUCUUUUUUAUAUGAACUUUUCUCAUGUUGUCAUUUUGUGUGUGAGAGUUUUUUGAGAUUUUUGUAGAAUUUUUGUGUAAAUUUUUUUCUCAAAUUAUAAAUAAUAUAAUUCAAGGGGCACCACAACAGAGACCUCCAUAAAGGACUUGGCCAAACGCCUGUUGGGGCCCCCAAUUCAAGUGCCGGUCCUUACAAUCGAAAUUUUCCAUAAAAGAAAAAAUCCCUUUUCAUCAUCGUUGUGUCGUUUUUCCUUACUUUUUCACUUUCUCGUCGGUAUAUAAAUCAAACGACCAGACUCCCGUGUUUCCUCAAAACACCAAAAAAUCAAAUUCAUUUCCAUUAUUUCUCGAUUCACGAAGAUUUUUGCGAAGAAAAAAAAGUUGGUGAAAAAAAAUAAAAAUUUUCCAAAAUCAAAAAAGUAAAAGAAAAAAAUCAUAUUUUCUCGUCUGGCAGUGCAUUAAUAUUUUUUCAUAUUGGACCUCGCCCGUCAAAUACAUCGUUUUAGGUCGUGUGAGAGUGUACGUUUUGGUUGAGUCGUAUGCGUGCGCAUAUACGUAUACGCAAAGAAAAAUAGUGCAUACCUAUCUAUCUCGCUCGUUCUCAAUAGCAACUGAGACAGACAGAGUGCUGUGCCGGAGUGGAGCCAGCCAGAGAAAAAACACACGAUACGAUAAUAACGAUACUAUUUUCGUCCUGCCUCGCCAUCUUCGUCCAUUGCUGUCGCUACUGAAGAGGAGCACCAGUUUAGCAAAGGCACACACCUCUACACACAAUACGUCACGCAUCCAUUGAUAACCGCUACCGUCACCGACCGCCGCCGCCGUUGUCGUUGCCGUUGUCGAUGUCGAGCUGUGAAUCUGAAUGUGAAAUGAAACGCUGAAAAGAAAAGAACCGUUCUACUCCUUGUCCUCAUCCCAAAUUCCCUACUGCUGCUUCAUCUACGAACGGUUUUUGUGUGCUGGAUAUACAUUUCUUUCAUCGUACGACUACGACAAGAGCAGAGCAGGAGGAGCACAAGCACAAGAUAGAAACGAAACUUAAACCACCCCAACCCUCUCGUUGUUUCUCGAUCUCGAUUCUCGACCCUCGACGUCUCAUACCCCAACCCCAUCUUUUGGGUUGUCGUUGCCGUUGUCGUCGGUACUCGACGAAAGAAAAUCGUAUUUCUUUUUUUUUUAAUUCGACCAAAAAGAAAUAAACAAAAUAAAAAAUAAAAGAAUUCGUGGCCGUUUCUUCUCUUCACACAGUGUCCCAUGUUUUGUAUGUGUGUGUAUUAAACAAAAUAACAAAAAGAAACAAGUGAAGUAAAAAGAAAAAUUAAAACUAUUUACCGAUAUGACAAAUAAACCGUGUAAAUAAGGAUCUAAGGUUUUAUUUUAUUUUUGUUUAGAAUUCGCCCCGAUUUAUAAAGAAAAAUAAAGGAAGACGGGUGUGUUCUUAGUUUUUGUUUAAAUUUAAUUCACUAACUCGUCCCGACGACGAAUCCCCGAUCCUGAGUGCGUGGGGUGCUCCAAAUGCGAAUUCCAAGUGUGGGGUGAUCCUAGAAAAGAAGGAAGAAUCGUUCGUGGUCGUUGUCGUUGCUGUCGCUGUCUAAACUAGAAACCAGACUUUGUUCUCAAAACCCGAGAAAGGACAGACAGCACAUGAUCUGGAAUGUUGAUCUGCGUGCGUUUUCUUCGUGUUUGUUGUUAUUAGUGCUUUAGAAAAAGGAUUAAGUUUUGAAAUAAUAAACAAGAAAACAAAAAAACAGCCCACCUAUACUUUUGGAAUACCAAAAAUAAUUUAAAACAACAAAACAAAAAUUUGAUGAUAGUGUUUUUUUUUGUGGAACAAAUUAAAACUUCAUAAAACCUUGGAUUUACAAUAAUCCAAAUAUUCAAAUAUACAUUAAAUACAAUUAUUGUAACUGACAACAUAAGAAGACAUAAGAAAAACAGAGUGCAUGUUAGAGUGGAACUGCAAGUUGGCGAGACGAUUUUAUACAACGGGAUAGCGGUAUAUUAAUAUUCAGUUAGCAUGGAGUGCUGUUUAUCUGAAGAGGCGAAGGAACAGAAGCGCAUCAAUCAAGAAAUCGAAAGGCAAUUACGUCGCGAUAAACGAGAUGCCAGACGAGAACUUAAACUGCUGCUCCUGGGUACUGGUGAAUCUGGUAAAUCCACAUUCAUCAAACAGAUGCGUAUUAUUCACGGUAGUGGUUACUCCGACGAAGAUAAAAGGGGUUUUAUCAAAUUAGUCUACCAAAACAUAUUCAUGGCCAUGCAAUCGAUGAUAAAGGCCAUGGAUAUGUUAAAAAUUCAAUAUGGAGCGCCAGACAACGUUGAAGGUGCUGAGCUGAUAUCGGGGAUAGAUUACGAAACAGUUGCCACAUUCGAAGAUCCCUAUGUGUCUGCAAUUAGAAAUCUUUGGGCGGACGCUGGUAUUCAAGAAUGUUACGAUCGAAGAAGAGAAUACCAACUUACAGAUUCAGCUAAAUAUUACUUAAGUGAUCUGCCACGUAUCGAGAAACCAGAUUUCUUACCAACAGAACAAGAUAUUUUACGUGCUCGAGUUCCCACCACAGGAAUUCUAGAAUAUCCAUUCGAUUUAGAUGGAAUCGUAUUUAGGAUGGUAGACGUAGGCGGUCAGCGAUCAGAAAGAAGAAAAUGGAUUCAUUGUUUUGAAAAUGUAACUUCAAUUAUUUUCUUGGUUGCUCUCUCAGAGUAUGAUCAAAUUUUAUUCGAAUCUGAAAAUGAGAAUCGUAUGGAAGAAUCAAAAGCUUUAUUUAGAACUAUUAUUACGUACCCAUGGUUCCAAAAUUCAUCCGUUAUUCUUUUCUUAAAUAAGAAAGACUUGUUAGAAGAAAAAAUAAUGUAUUCGCAUUUGGUAGACUACUUCCCCGAGUAUGACGGUCCACAAAGGGAUGCAAUAGCAGCCAGAGAGUUUAUUCUUCGUAUGUUUGUAGAUUUGAAUCCUGAUUCCGAAAAAAUAAUUUACUCUCACUUUACUUGUGCUACAGACACGGAAAACAUAAGGUUUGUAUUUGCAGCUGUAAAGGAUACAAUUCUGCAGUCAAAUCUAAAAGAAUAUAACUUGGUCUGAACUGGUUUUGGAUCGUUAAAACUAUUUUUGUGAUUAUAAUAUUUUCAUAAUUCCUUUUUUUUCAAGAAAAAAAAAUUUAAAACCAAACAAAAAAUAAUACAAAUAAAAUAAAAAUAAAAAAAUAUAAAUUUAACAAUUUUAUAACGCAACAAAAUUAUAUUUUAAUUGAUUUUUUUUUGACAAACAAUUGAGAGAAAAAAAAACAACAAAAACAAAAUAAAAGAAGAACUAGGAAUUAAAUAACAACAAAUAUAUAUAUAUUAUACAUAUAUUAAAAACUAAGUAAAGAAAAAAAAAUUAAUUUAUAAAAAAAAGAGAAACUAAAAAUAAAAAAAGAGGAAUAAAAAUUUAAUAAAAUCGAACAACAAAAAUAAUAGGAAAUUUAAAACUCGGAUAUUUCAUUUUAUAGUAAAAACAAAAAACAAGAUUCACUUUAGGAAACAAAGAUUGUGUGUGUUUUUUUUCUAACUAAACGAGUUAAAAUAAUAAAUCAAAGAAGAAUUAUAGUAAAAAAAAAAAACUAUAUAUUGUUAACAAACAAAACAAGAAAAAUGUCACUAUAACUAAAGGAUAAUAAAAAUAAAUUGGCUCUACGAUCUGCACGUACAUAUUUUAAAUAUUAUUUUUUUUUGUUUCUAAAAUAAAAAACUUUUGCAACUUCGUUGAAAAUGGAUCAAAUAAGGAAAACAAAAUAUAUAAAUAUAACAAAAUUAAUUAUUAUUUUUUUUUUCUAAACAAAAACGAGAAUAUUAUAGUAACUCAAACAAAACGCAUUAUAAAUUUAUAUUCGUAACAAAAUAAUAACAUUCUUAACUUGAGCCAUUCCUUGCCAAUUUGUUUCAUUUGUUCUACCCAUAUACUAUUUUUAUUUCUCAAUCAUAAAUACAUACUUUAAAAUAAAACAAACAAUAAUCUCGGAAGGAAAAUAUUAAAAACUAAGUAAAUAAGUGUUAAUGUUAAAGAAUGCAGCUACUUUUUUUAAAUGUUCUUAAAAUGUAUUGUUUAUUUAAAGAUGUUCAAUGAUUCCGUGUAACUUGUCUCUGAGAGAAUAGUUUUAGGACGAAAUAAGGCGAUAGGAUUUGUAAUCCAAAAUAUUCGUUUUUACUUGAUAAUUAUUUAAAAAAUCAAUUGACAUUUAUUGUAAUGUUAAGAUGUAUAUGGUUUUCAACACACAAACACCCAUCUGAUAUUUGCUCUAGAUUUCAAAGUGGAAUUUCACAUUAUGCAUAGAAAACCUAAAUUAUUAGUUGAUUAAACUUAAAGCGAACAUUUAUGAAAUACAAUUUGUCGUACUAUUUAGAAAAGUGACCUUCGACGAUCGACAUCAUUACCUUUGCCAAUCUUUUGCAUUUUCAACUAACCAUACUAAUUGAUUUUAAAUAUGUUCGCUUUGAUUGAAACGUUUAAAUCGCUAAUUGAAGUUGAUUUUCCAAUUUGAUUUCUUGUAGAAACGCAAUAUCUUCAAUAUUUCUACCCUCGAAUUGAAUUGGGGAUUUGCUUCAUGAGAGUAAAUCAAGCUUUAACGAUCUCUCAAAGUUGUUUUUAACCAAUAAAGCAAACCAGUAAAACAUUCUGCUCGAUGGAAGUUGUAUCGUCGUAGCACUAAAAUGUUGAUUAAAACAGCACAGCAAUAAUCAAAUCUUCUUUUCGAUCAGAUACAAAAAUUGGAUCCCAGAUUGUAACGAAACAUUCGCUUUUCAAAAACUAUGUACAAAUUUCUUGAACGAGUUCACACAAGCGCAAACGUUCAUUCCUUACUUUCUUACAGAAUGUAAUCCCAGCACAAGGGCUAUUCCAAAACACAGAAAAGAGAACAAACAACCAAAUGUACUGAAUUGGUUUAAAUAGCUUAAAUAAUUCUUAUUUUUUAAAAAGCAAACUUCCAAAAGCGUAAACAAUGUGAAAAGGUCAGGGAACUCUUCACUAAAAUAUCGAAAUCUUUAAAAUUUGUGCAAUAUAAAAAGAAAAGUAGCUUAAUUCGAACGCAUGAUGCAUUUCUCUGUCCACAUAUUUUUUUCUUUGCAAACAAUCAAAAUUAGACUUAUAUGAUUUAUUAUUUUUAUCAUAAAAUACAACAUGUCUAUCGUCGUCGCCAUAUUUGUUUUAUAUAAUUUAAUAUAAAACAAAAAAAUCUAAAAUACUGCUAAUUAACUCCUUGUCUUUUGUUUUCUUCAAUAUCUAUAUUAAAUUCAUACAUACACGAAUAUGUAAUGUAUAGAUUUUUAUUUUAAGAUCCCCAAUUAAAACAAAAAAUAUCUACCAAACUGAACAUAAAUAAAAUUGUUAAAAGAAGAAUUAUUUAUUAAAAUUAUUUAUUAUUCAUAGAUACCAUUAUAAUUAUUUUUUGUUUUUAAAUUUUAGUACAUUAAAAUAAGAUAUAUAAAUUGAUCUUUAGUAGGUAUGUGUAUAAUUUAAAAAAUAAAAACUUGAGAGAAUCAAAAAAGAGAAACAAAUGAACUUUAAGUCGUAAUUUUUUUUUAAAUAAAUGUACGUGUGUUUUCUAGUUAAUUUUUUUUAUUGUUAUACAUUAUGUAAAAUGUAUUUUUGGGGAAAUGUAUUCAAUUUUUUUUAAGUGAAAGAGGCAUGUUACUAAAAAGUUAAAAGUAUAACAAACAUUUUUAAACUUCUUGUUAGUAAAAAAAAACUGAGAAAAAGAAGCAUUUCUUUUUUAUGUUUAUGGAUAAAUGGCUGCAAACACACAAAAUAGCGAGUAUUGAUAUGAAAGAAAAGAAAUUAAAAUAAAUACAAAACAAAAAUGUUUACACGAAACCACCAUAAGCACACAAAACUAUAAACACAAAUUAAAAACAUUAAAAAGAAACAAAAAAAAGUUGCACAAUUUGUACGAGUGUAUAUUUAUUAAGAUUAGGCAAACAUAAAUCGCAUAUUUAAUUAAUAAUUUAUUUUGUAUUCUCUUUUUUUUCUAACAGAUUUUUUGUUCUAAAGAAACUCGAUAAAAAAUGUUUUCUUUUCAUUUUUUUAGCUAAAUAAAUUCUUUAUUCAUAUUUAAAAACUGAUGUGUUGAUUUAUUAUUGUUUUUUUUUUGUAAUAAUAAUUUUGAUUUUCUUGUUUUUAAGAGAAAAGAAAAGUAAACUAUUUUAUACUAUAAAAUCAUUUAAAUAAAUAUUCUACAAAAUAUAUUUAGAUUAAAUUUAUACAUAAUAAUAUAUAAACAAAUAUAUUUAAUUUAAUUAAAAGAAAAUCGUUUAACUAUAAAUUGUAAUUAAAUAAUUGUUUUUAUCUAUUAUUAUUUCCUUGUUUUGUUUUUUAAUUUUGUUUACUUGUUUAAUAACCCCCUCUCCCCCUCAUGCUGUAGUAAAAGAAAACGGAUAUUUCUUCUAUGUAGAAUAAACACGAAGAAGAAUAUUAUGCUAUUUGUUCGUAUUUAUGCAAUUUUGUAUCAAUUAAAUAUUUAUAUUCUUAUAAAUAUUUGCAUAUUAUAUAUUAUCUACUAUUAUCUAUUUGCAAUAAGUUAAAACACACAAAAUAAUAUAUAUAUUUCUUUUUUAAUUUGUAUAGCAAUUUAUUAUUAUUUCUUUUUUUUCGAUUAACGCUUUAUAUUUAUGUACAUCUAAAACAGUUGUUUAUAUAUGUAUUUACAUAUAUGUAACAAAUAUUUAUAUAUAUAUAUAUUAUAGUCAAUAAAAAAUUAUUUGCGUUUAAUUUGUGUUAUUUCUUCAUUUUUUUAUUAUUUGUUUUCUUCUUAAGGGCUUCAGUUUUUCAUACAGCUAAAAUAAACAUUAAAACCGUUUUUCAUCAAAAAAUGUUGGCCAUUCCCUUCCAAAUCAUAGUAUGAUAGAAGGUAUUCAAAAUAAGUGUUCAAGAUACCGAUAAGCUUCGAUGUAACAAACGUGUCUAUAAAGUUUGAUAAAAAUGUAAUUUAAAACUGAGAGAUAUGAAUCCCACUCUUCUCUUUAAAUGAGACAUGUUUAAACGUCAAUAGACUCUAAAAUGUUUUUUUUUUAAAUUAAAGGUGUACAUAACUCCUUAAGUUUACGGCAAAUUUUGACAAUUUUCAUAAAUUGUACAAAAUUCCUACUUCUCAACGUUCAAAUGUACUUACUAACUUAAGGAGGCGCUAGUUGUCUCCAGUUUCGCACGCCAAGUUGGUUGAGGUCUUCACCUACCUGAGUGCGCCAUCUGAGUCGCGGUCUUCCUCUACUGCGCCGUCCCACGGCAUUGUAUUCAAUGACUUUCCGGGCUGGAGCGUUGAUGUCCAUUCGCUCUACAUGACCUAGCCAUCUAAGCCGUUGGAUUUUAAUUCGCUAACUAGGUCAGUGUCGCUGUACAGCUCGUACAGUUCCUCGUUAUAUCUUCUCCAUCUAUGCAUACGGGACCAAAAAUCACCCGAAGAAUUUUUCUCUCGAAGCAUCCUAAGACGUUGAAAUGUACGAAAGACUAAAAUUUUAGUGAUCGUUGAUUUCAAAAAUAUUAGUUUUGACGUUUUUUACCCUAAAAGAGGUCCAGAGAAUUUCUAAACUUUCUUGCAAGUUUCUUCAUUUUGGAGUAACUCUCUCUUACUCACUUAAAUAUUUUAACAAGUUAAACACUUUUUGAAAAAAAACGGCGCCGUUUCGAUUUUUUCUUCUUUUUUUAAAUCUAUGGUUUCAAAAUCUCAACAGAUCAUUUUUGAUUUUACAUAAUACUACAACUCAAAAGUCAAAACAAAUGCUAGAACUAAUAAUUUAUUAUUGUAAUAUUUAUUUUCCGUCCAAAAAAAAAAAGUUAAAUUACUCUAGUUCUAGUUGGUAUUUUAAUUUUUAUUAUAUUUUUGUUUUCUUGAAGAGAAGCAAAACUUUAAUCCGCCAUUGAAGAAAUAUAAUACCUACAAAGUAAUAUUGAACUCUCUUAAUAAUUAGAUACUACAAUAUAUUCGGGAAGUUAAUUACUCUCCAGAGUGUUUGCAGAACCGCACUUUAUAAUGAAGGGUUAAAUUGUUUUGAGGAGGAAUUUGAUCAAGAAUACUUUUGGCGUUGCAAAAUUCGUCAUACCUUCUCAUGUACAUAGGAUCUAAUAAUUUAUUCAUAGUACAAUUAAAGUGUAUGUGGUUAAUUCACAGGAAACUACAAGUCAACAUCUUCAAAUAAAUUAAUCAAUGUGGGUAUUAUUUCCUUGUACCAAUCCAAAUUUGAUAAAUUCUUCAUCUUCGAAAACUUUAUUGAUCAUAAUGGGAGAAAUAUAUAAGAAACUAAAUAUUUUCCAAAAUGUUAGCGCAACAAGAUAUUAGCAAUAUUUUCUUUUGCGAGAACAUUUAGGUUUCGUAUAAUUUUGUUAAUCUUAUUCUUUGUUUUAAAUAAAGUUAGUUAUUUUAAUAAAAUCGUUAUGUUUGGAUAAUUUAUGGUUACAUGAAUUUUAUUGUUAAACCUCAUAAUAAUUCAUUUUAUUAAACUUUCGUUGUUUUAUUUUAAACAAUUUUUUAGUAAUGUUUAAUUUAUUUAUAAAUAACAUACAAAUAUUUCCUUCACGGCAUAAUUUCACUAUUUUAUAAGAAAAAUAAAUCAAAGUUCUUAACGCCUUAACAAGUCCUUAGGAAAUAUUGUUU